AUGAACCUGCCUAUGGAAAGCCACCACCCCCGGACUUUCUCAGGGAUAAGAUUUUUGGUGUGCCUCAUCCUGAGUUUGUGCUUUGUGAUCGGGGUCCCAGGAAACGCCUUGGUUGUCUGGACCAUUUGCAGAAGAAUGAAGCAAAGGUCCCUGACAGUCAUUCUGAUCCUGCAUCUGGCCAUUGCCGACCUCCUGGUGCUCAUGACCUUGCCGGUCUGGAUUUACUCUUUUGCCCACACGUGGCUCUUCGGCCUCGUGGCUUGCAAAGCCCUGGUGUUUCUCAUCUACUGCAGCAUGUACACAAGCAUCUUCCUGAUCACCGCCCUGAGCCUGGAGCGCUACGUUGCCGUCUUUUACCCCUUUGUCGUCCAGCGACCAAAGAACAAGAAGGCCACCCACCUGCUGGUGCUCGGUAUCUGGAGCCUCUCCAUUGUUUUUGGAGCAACCAUCAUCCCCUUUCAGGAGACGGAGGACACCGACAUGGGCUACCAGUGUGCAGUGCGCCGUUAUGACACGGCAUCCCAGGAGGUGACCUGCCUGCUCCUGGAGACGGCCGUGGGCUUCCUGAUUCCCCUCAUCAUCAUCUCUGUCUGCUAUGCGUGCAUCAGCAGAAGGAUCGGCGGGAUGACGGGUCCAUUGAAGCGACGAUCUUCAAGGCUGAUCGCUUCCGUGGUGGCCGUCUUCUGCCUGUGCUGGCUGCCACACCACAUCUUUAACCUGAUCAGUGUCGUUUCGGUGCUGAUAGAAGGCGUGCACUCGGAGAUUUAUGAGGUGCUGGAGACCCUUUCAGCCACGGGGGUCUACAUUGCCGGGUCCAUCAUCUUCGUCAGCAGCUGCAUCAACCCACUCCUCUACGCCUUUGCUGCCAGGAGCUUCCAAAGCAGCGUGAGAGGCACAAAGAUGUCCAAGCUGUUUGAACAGGUGAGCCCUUUGCAGAGGCAGGGGGCCACCCGCGCAGUGGCUUGCGGCACAGAGAAAGAGGACACUCCAACCAGCAUGGAGGUGGUCUGA